AUGGAGAAGAGAAGAGAUCAUGAGUUCAAGUGCAAAACCUGCGGCCGUUCCUUUGCCACAUAUCAGGCCCUUGGAGGCCACAGGACUGGGCACACAAGGCCGAAGGAGAGAGAGGAGAAGACAACAAAGAUUAAGGAGAGAGUCCACCAGUGCUCGGUUUGCGGGUUGAAUUUUUCCAUGGGUCAGGCUCUCGGUGGCCAUAUGCGACGACAUAAACUUCUUGAUCUUUUAGCGGCACCGAUGUUCGUUCCUGUGCUGAAUUUUGACUUGAAUGUGAUUCCAAUGGACGGUGAUGAUGAUGGUGAUCAUUAUGAUGAAGUUGACUUACCCGAGCUCACCUUAAAAUUAGGAUUAUGA